AUGAACUCCGUAGGACACAUAGAGCGGCCAAUAUCUAAUGAUGUCACACAGGGCGUCUCAUAUAACCCAACUGUGGGAUUGCCAUUAAGUAAACAAGGCCAGUUACCACACCAACAGAGCCAUCAUAAAAUCUUUGCUGCUUUGAAAGAGAAGAUUGAUUCUAUAAAUCAUGAGACUUGCGAUGCCGGAGAUGAAAAUUCAUUCUUCGUUUGUGAUUUAGGGGAGAUAAGCAGAUUGAGAAACUACUGGACUCAAAUUCUUCCUCGAGUAACUCCAUUUUAUGCUGUCAAGUGUAAUCCAAACAUCGAAAUAAUAAAGAGAUUGGCUUCAAUGUCUACCAAUUUCGAUUGUGCUUCCAAAUCCGAGAUAGAGAAGGUGUUAGCAUGUGGUGUCGAUCCUGAAAGAAUUAUCUACGCAAACCCAUGUAAGGCUUCUUCUUUCAUCAGAUUUGCUGCCAAGAAUGGUGUUAAAAAAUCUACGUUUGACAAUAUUGACGAAUUGUAUAAGAUCAAAAAGUAUCAUCCAGAAUCCGAAUUGCUGUUAAGAAUUGUUACUGACGAUUCCAGUGCUCAAUGUAGAUUAUCCACAAAGUAUGGAUGUGAACUUGACGACGUCCCGGUUCUCCUUGAGACAGUCAAAGAGCUUGGUUUAAAUUUAAUCGGUGUUUCCUUCCACGUUGGUUCUGGUGCAUCUGAUUUCAGUACAGUUACGCAAGCCGUCAAGGAUGGUAGAAAAGUGUUUGAUAUGGCAGAAUCCCGUGGAUUGCCAGCUUUGAAGAUGUUAGAUGUUGGCGGUGGAUAUCAAUUUGACACUAUUACAGAAGUUGCAGACGUCUUAAAUGCUGCCUUGGACUAUUUUUUCCCUCAAGAAACUCACUCCGACGUUUCAUUCAUCGCAGAACCUGGUAGAUAUUUCGUAGCCACUGCAUUCACCCUUGCUGCCACUGUUAUCGGCAAGAGAAACAAUUCUGAUUCAGAAUCUAUGAUCUAUAUUAAUGAUGGUGUCUAUGGUAAUAUGAACUGUAUUCUCUUUGAUCAUCAGGAACCUUCCCCUCGUGUACUUUACCAUAAGAACAGAUUCCACUACAUGGACAUUAACAGUUCCAGUAAAGCCAAAUGCGAUGCUUGCAACUACAAGGUGUCUAUCUGGGGCCCCACUUGCGAUGGAUUGGAUUGCGUUUCAAAGGAGUACUAUAUGAAAUAUGACCUUGAUAUCGGUGACUGGGUGCACUUUGAUAACAUUGGAGCAUACACAUGCUCUGCUGCUACUCCAUUCAAUGGGUUUGAACAAACGGUGGACAUUAUAUUUAUCGAUUCUGCUCUGUGA